GUACACUUCGUCAAAUUUAUUCUUUCUUUUUUUCUUUCCCCUGUCUCUCUCUCCAUCUGUCUAAACUUCUUUCCUUUUAGAUCCGUAACGAUCUUUGAGGUUCAUCCAUGGCUUCGAAACGGAUCUUGAAGGAGCUUAAGGAUCUCCAGAAAGACCCACCCACCUCUUGCAGCGCAGGCCCUGUAGCUGAAGACAUGUUCCAUUGGCAAGCAACGAUAAUGGGCCCCCCGGAUAGUCCUUAUGCAGGGGGUGUUUUUCUAGUUACUAUUCAUUUCCCUCCGGAUUAUCCAUUUAAACCUCCUAAGGUUGCGUUCAGAACUAAGGUUUUUCACCCUAAUAUCAACAGCAAUGGCAGUAUUUGUCUUGACAUUUUGAAAGAGCAGUGGAGUCCGGCCCUGACAAUAUCCAAGGUUUUGCUCUCGAUUUGUUCCCUGUUGACGGACCCAAACCCAGAUGACCCUUUAGUACCAGAGAUCGCUCAUAUGUACAAGACAGACAGGGCCAAGUAUGAGACGACUGCUAGGAGCUGGACCCAGAAGUAUGCCAUGGGCUAGUGUGCUUUGUGGUGAGGGCAUUUAGGAUGUUGACUUAUAUAUUCCUUGUUAUGUAGAAAAGAAGUGUGAUCUGUACUUUCACUAUUUAUAAUAGAAUUGAAGAAUAGUCUAUAUAUCGCCGCCCUCUUGGAAAGACCAUUCUAAGAAAUUGAACUAUGCAAAUUAGUAGUUGAUGUUGUUUUAUAUACCAAGUGCUUGGUUUUUGUGAA